CUGUCCGUACACGCCUACAUGGGGGCCAUAAAACCCUGAGAAACGUGGGUGGGGAGGCGCGGGCCCAGUGUCUGAGUUACUGUCUACGUGGAUCUGGGACUACAGGUCCCCGAGAGCACCCUCUACGCUGAGAAGGGGACUGCGGCAUGAGGAGGCUCCUCCUGGUUGCCAGCCUGGCGGCUCUGCUGCUGGGGGAGGCAGGCUCGGCUUCCAAGCCCCAGGUCCUCAUCAAGACCAAAGACAAAGUUGGGGCCCCUGAGCAGGACACAGAGGAGCCCUGGGGCGUCCCUUCUCUGGGAAGGGACGACGAGCUCAUGGGGCUGCCCAGCUGGGACCCGGAGCCUGACCGUGACGGCCUGUACCACCCACCACCCGAGGAGGCCCAGGCCGAGGCAGGGCUCCGUUCUUGGUCACUGCCACCUCACCAGGAGCUUCAGGGGCCAGAGGAGGAUCGAGACCACAUCUACCACCCCAGGGACGACUCCUGACCCCUGACCCCACCCCAACUGGAAAAAUAAACCUUGCAGAUGUGGA